AUGCCAGACAUGCUGGAACUCCAGUACGAGCUGGAGUCCAAGGCAGCAAAGUGGUACGCCGCCACUGACAUUGCUAACAUGUUUUUCUCCAUUCCUCUGGCAUCAGAAUGCAAGCCUCAGUUUGCUUUCACCUGUCAGGGUGAUGUUGUUCGUUAUGGGGCUGCCUUUCCAUGGAUGGUGGGUGCAUUGACAGGAUUUGGUGAAACACUGCCCGAACCAUGUGAUGAGAGUCCUGGGGACCUGAUCGAGAUCGACCGGCGUGUUUACCAGCACUGGGCCCUCUACGUGGGGGAUGGAUAUGUCAUCAACGUGACACCUGUAGAUGAAGGAGCCCCAUCCCUGUCAGUGAGCACCACAUCAAUAUUCACCAGAAAGGCCAAGGUGAAGAAGCAGCUCCUGAAAGAGGUGGUGAAAAAUCAUAAAUGGCGAGUAAACAACAAGCAUGACCGCUCCCACACUCCUCGCCCCGUGAAGGAGAUCAUCCGGAAGGCUGAGCAAUGGAUUGACAAGGAGGUGCCAUAUGAUCUGAUUGACAGCAACUGUGAGCACUUUGUGACAAAGCUCCGCUAUGGAGAGGCAGUCUCUGACCAGGUCAAAAAAGCAGUUGUUUAUACCGCUUCAGCUGUAGGAGGGAUCAUUCUUGCUGGUCUUGCUGCUGUUGUUGUGAAGGGUUUCUCUGGCGCAUCCAGUAAAGAGAAAAACUGCGAGUGAUGGGCUGUCACGAAGAGCUCAUAGCACGGCAGGGGGAGCCCCUGGUCACAGGAGUCACUGGUCAGCAUUCCUGCCAUCAAGGCUUCCUAGCGACUGUGCCUUUCUGGAAACAUUAAAUAAGCCUUAAUAAAAUGUCAGAAACCCAAACUUUAA